UUCGUACGUUUAUUUAAACGCGAAUUAGAUUCAGCUCCCUAGUUGUUUUCUAGAAUAGAAAACCUGACAAAUUUUCUGGGUCCGUCCAAUUCCAUUCCUCGGUGAAGCAAGAGAGGAAGAAAAGGUUUUGUGGAAAAGAUGGCAGACAAUCUGGAUUUACCAGAGGCAACUGUUCAGAACAUACUGGACCAAGAGAGCCUGAAGUGGGUUUUUGUUGGUGGCAAAGGAGGGGUGGGCAAGACCACUUGUAGCUCGAUUCUUUCGAUCCUCUUGUCUCGGGUCAGAUCCUCGGUCUUGAUUAUAUCCACGGAUCCUGCUCAUAAUCUCAGCGAUGCCUUUCAACAAAGGUUCACAAAGACUCCUACUUUGGUUAAUGGCUUCAGCAAUUUAUAUGCCAUGGAGGUGGAUCCUACAGUCGAAAAUGAAGAUAUGGGUGGGCCUGAAGGAAUGGAUAGUUUAUUUUCUGAUUUGGCAAAUGCAAUUCCAGGAAUUGAUGAGGCAAUGAGCUUUGCAGAGAUGCUUAAAUUGGUGCAAACAAUGGAUUAUUCUUGCAUUGUAUUUGACACUGCCCCAACUGGCCAUACGCUUCGACUUUUACAAUUCCCAGCUACCUUAGAGAAGGGACUUGCAAAAAUGAUGUCAUUGAAAAGCAAAUUCGGUGGUUUGUUGAGUCAGAUGACACGUCUCUUUGGGGUUGAUGAUGAAUUUGGGGAGGAUGCAAUUUUGGGGAGGCUUGAAGGCAUGAAGGAUGUGAUUGAACAAGUUAAUAAGCAGUUCAAAGACCCAGACUUGACAACCUUUGUCUGCGUUUGCAUUCCAGAGUUCCUCUCUCUGUAUGAAACAGAGAGACUGGUGCAGGAACUCACCAAGUUUGAGAUAGAUACACACAAUAUUAUCAUUAACCAAGUAAUUUUUGAUGAAGAAGAUGUUGAAUCCAAGUUACUGAAAGCAAGAAUGCGGAUGCAACAAAAGUACCUCGAUCAGUUUUAUAUGUUAUAUGAUGACUUUCACAUCAGUAAGCUGCCACUGCUGCCAGAAGAGGUUACUGGGGUUGAAGCUCUGAAAGCAUUUUCACGUCAUUUUCUUUCACCAUAUCAACCUUCUCGCUCUAUAGAAACAGUAGAAGAACUAGAGCAAAGAGUAUCCACUUUAAAGCAACAGUUGUCAGAUGCUGAAGCAGAACUUGAGAAACUCCGAAAAGGAAAACAGAAGGUCUGAUUGCCGUCUUAUGACUUCAUAUGGCUCUUUUCCACUUGGCUAUUCGGUCGGCCAUGUGUGGCAUCAUUACUACUCGACCCAAAGGGAAUUUAGCAGUCUAUUUUAUUGCUGGAUAAUGUUGCAUAGCAUUAUUUAUUUUAGAAAAAUUCUUUACGAUACUUUUUUCACUUUUGGCAGACCUGUAAUCUUCAUAUUAACCUUGUGAGGGCAUUCUUUUUCUAUUAUUAUUUUAAGAAUGGCACCACUAUGCUUGACCAUGGACAAUUUUUGUUUAUCAUAAUAAAUUUUCCUUUUGUUCA